AUGGCCAGUAAACUGACAUUCCAAUCAAAGCACAAGUUGCUUUCGGGUCAUGAGAUCCCAGCGAUUGGAUUCGGGGUCUACAUGAUCCCGCCAUCCACAACCGAUAAAGUCGUCCAAGAAGCUCUGAAAGUCGGAUUCCGCCAUGUCGAUUCAGCAAUCAUGUACGGAAACGAAAAAGGCUGCGGCGCCGCCCUCAACUCGUCAAACCUCGACAGAUCAGAGAUCUUCCUAACAACCAAGAUUCCUCCCGGCUCAAUGGGAUACAAAUCAACCAAGCAAGCCAUCGCAAGAAGCCUCAAAGACGCAAACACAGAGUACUUUGACUUGAUCCUCAUCCACGCUCCCUACGGCGGACAGGAAUCCCGUCUUGGAUCCUGGAAAGCCCUCGUCGAAGCCCAGAGCGCAGGCCAGAUCCGAUCAAUCGGCGUAUCUAACUAUGGAAUCCACCAUCUUGAAGAAUUACAAAGCUACAUUGAGAAUGGAGGAGGUGGUGAGAUUAGUGUUGGGCAAUGGGAACUACAUCCCUGGCUUGAUCACUCGGAUAUAGCGGAUUGGUGCCAUGAACGUGGAAUUAUAGUUGAGGCUUAUUCGCCGCUUGCGCAUGGUGAACGACUAGAUGAGCCUGUGCUUGCUGCUAUUGGGAAGAAGUACGGGAAGUCCCCGGCUCAGGUUAUGAUUCGGUGGAGUUUGCAGAUGGGAUUUGUGCCUUUGGCGAAAUCUAAAACACCGCGACGAAUCACUGAAAACGCAGAUGUUUUUGAUUUCGAGCUUGAUGAGGAGGAUAUGACAAGACUUGAUACUGGGGAAUAUGCACCUACAGACUGGGAUCCGACUGUGGAUAUGGAUUAG